UGCGAAUUCAACGGGUGUUGGUGAAGUCAUGAGAAAGCGCCGUUUGUUUUUGUUUUUCACGCGUUAUAAAGCUCCGUCGAGCAUUCUGGUGAUUUUUAUUAAAGCAUUUUCCACACCGCCAGUUUUUUUUAAGAGGGACACGGUAUAGUCAUAAUAUCAAAUAGCAGCGCGUAGCCUUGGAACAUUAAAACAUGCCUUUCUUCACUAACUUAUUUGCUGUAUAGUGAAAACAUACUUUCGUUGAACGGCUUGAAGGGAAAUCACGUUACUGCUGAAAAGGGAGUUGCAUCGCUUCGUUUUUUGAGUGAAAUGGAUGGAUUCACACUUCCAAACUGACCUGUUUUAUAUAAAGGGUGGUAAAUUCGCUCAGUCUGCUCAAUGAGACUGAAACAUAUGUUUUGGAUUCUAUGACCCACUCAAUUUACUCUCGGUUAGAUUCAGUGGAAUCCCUUCCAUAUAUGUUUUAUCUCGGCCUGUUUUUUGUUAAUGUCUUAAUUCUCUACUAUACCUUCUUAAUGGAAUACAUAGUCCUUAAUGUAGGGAUAGUAUUCUUGCCAGAGGAUAUGGACCAGGCACUGGUGGAUUUGGGUGUACUUUCUGACCCAGCCUCAAUUCCAUAUGACACAGACGCCGAGCUGGAUGUUUUUGAGGGUUAUCUGGAAUAAACAAACCAUGAUUGACACUUCAAGCCGAAGCCUUCGUGGGGAAGAUGUCAUUUGGCUGGUUCGUUUGGUUUCUGGACAACCAUUGUCAAAGGGAACUACAUAUGAUCUCUGCAGACAUAAAAGGAUGCUGCAGUGGUCAGCCUAUAAAAAAGUGACUUUCAUGAAUAAGACUUCCAGGUUCAGAGGACUGACCUGCAAGCAAGCCAUCGUGCCACAUGGAAUAUUUACCUGGAACAUAUAAGCAGAAUGGCCAUUGUGGUUUUCCAUGGCUUAGCCAGCCAGCGUCUCUUCAGAGAUCAAAUUCAGACUCGAACCACUACUGUGGAUAUAAAUAUUACAUAAGCCUAUUUAUUUUUAGUUUGGCAUUCAGUACUCAUGCAGGGGCUUUGUUACUUUGUAGGCAGAACCCUUACACGUGGUCAGCCACUGCAUGUUUUCGUUCCCUUUAAUGCUAUUUAAAUGAGCAAUAUGUCAUGAGACAAACAGAGUGUCUGAAUCAGUGUGAGUUUUUUCUUAAAGUCUCUCUUAGGAACAGCAUAUUUGUGACAGCCUGAGAAUUAUAUAUUUGUCUGAGGUUUGUUUAUCCACUCAAUAUAAAUUAUUACUUUCA